AUGGCGGUCUCCCGCUCGCUCCGCCGCAACAACACCAUCACCUACGUCCUCGCCGGCGUGCUAUGCAUCUUUUUCCUGUACUUCUUCUUCGGCGACAGCGCCAGCAUACCUUCGAUAUCCACCGCUCCCCGCCAGCUGCUCAAGAGCAAAGAUGCCGCAUCGAAUGCGCUAUCACCACCUUCGCUCCCUUUUCGAAAACCGGCGAACCUGGGCCCGAACGAGGUCGCGCCCCCACCGCCUGUGGUGCAUUACCACAUGAACAAUGUUACCACAACACCGGACCCGGUCGGGAACAGAGAAUCCAUUCUUAUAUUGACGCCUUUGGCGCGAUUCUACCAAGAGUACUGGGACAACCUAUGCAAACUCUCGUAUCCACACGACUUGAUAUCCCUGGGCUUUAUUAUCCCAAAAGGACGAGAAGGGAACCUGGCAACUCAGCAAUUACAAGAGCGGAUACAAAAGACUCAGGCACCUACGAACAAGAACAGGUUUGCCUCCAUCACAAUCCUGCGGCAGGACAGCGAGCCACCAGUGCAGCAGACAGAAUCUGAAAGACACAAGAUGGCAGCUCAAAAAGAGCGCCGCGCUGCCAUGAGCAGAGCCAGGAACAGUUUGCUGUUUACAACUCUCGGGCCCACGACAUCGUGGGUGCUGUGGCUUGACAGCGAUAUCAUCGAGACUCCACCAACCUUGAUUCAAGACCUCGCGUCCCACGACAAGCCAAUCAUCGUCCCAAACUGCUUCCAGCGAUACUUUAAUAAGGAUAAAGACGCGAUGGAUGUGAGGGCCUAUGACUUCAACAGCUGGCAAGACUCGCCAACUGCCCAAGGACUGGCGGCGAAGAUGGGCCCAGAUGAGAUCCUACUGGAGGGUUAUGCCGAGAUGGCGACAUACAGAUCGCUCAUGGCGUAUAUGACUGAGGAGAAAGGCGACCCUAGGAAAGAGGUCGAACUGGAUGGCGUGGGUGGCACGGCCUUGCUCGUGAAGGCUGAUGUGCACCGGGAUGGUGCUAUGUUCCCGCCUUUCCCAUUUUACCACCUGAUUGAGACGGAAGGCUUUGCGAAGAUGGCGCAGAGAUUGAACUGGAAAGCAUAUGGACUACCGAACUACUUUGUAUACCACUACAACGAGUAG